AUGUUCUGUAUAUUUGUCAUUGUAACCCUUGCACUUGUGGCCAGUGCCGCCGCAACACCCGGUUACUUGGGUGGCCUUGACCAUGGUUAUUUAGGCGGUCAUGCACUAGCUGCUGCUCCAGCCAUUUCUUAUGCUGCACCAGCCUACACGAAGAUUGCAGCAGCCCCUGCAAUCUCCUAUGCUGCUCCGGCGUACACAAAAAUUGCCGCUGCUCCAGCUAUUUCCUAUGCCGCUCCGGCCAUAACUAAAUACGCUGCCGCCCCUGCCAUUUCAUAUGCAGCUCCUGCAAUAACCAAAUAUGCUGCCGCCCCAGCAAUCUCGUAUGCUGCACCCGCCAUUGCUCAUGCUCCGGCAAUUUCAUAUGCUGCCCCAGCUAUAACUAAAUAUGCCGCAGCUCCUGCUAUCUCAUAUGCUGCACCAGCCAUCACCAAGAUUGCGGCUGCUCCUGCCAUUUCCUAUGCUGCCCCAGUUGCUAAAUUGGGUUAUGCACCAGCACCCGCUUUGGGUUUGGGCUAUGGUCAUGGUUUGGGUUAUGGUCAUGGCUUGGGUUAUGGUGGUUUGGGUUAUGGCCAUGGUUGGUAA